GUUUUUAUAGGGAAUAAUUUCUCACUGACGUGCGAGGGAAGAAGGAGAUAUUUGGCGGGGCGGACGCAGACAUGUGAGAGACUCGUGGCGAAACGCUUCGACCAUUCUCCCCCACGCGCCUCCCUCACGCUCUGUCUCUACACAUACACCUCUCUCCUUCUCCCUUCCCCAAUUUCCUCACUUCCCACCGAACAAUUCAACCUACUGCGUCUGCAAUUUCUGGUUGACAGAACUUUUACCAAUGGCAUUGUAUGGGAUCGGUUUGAGUCCGAGUGUGGAAGGCGUGGAAGCAGGGUUUUUGAGUGCAAGUUUGUCGACCAGACUGAUUGGAUUUGGACCAGCAUGUAUUCAUGUGCUUGGGGAAAGCACUAGCCUGGUGCAGGGUCGAGGCCGGAGAAUGAAGUGUUCGUUGUCCAGAAAAGCCAUGUCUCAUGUGGAGUCUGAAGAGAGCGCUCAAACUGCAGGGCUGGUAUCCGAUGAGGAGGAAUCAGGGCAUGUUAUGAAGUUCAACAUGUCAGAUUUCACAAUUUGUGAUCGAGUCAGUGUGGGCAUCGGUGGUCGGGCUGAUGAGGUAGUGUUUGAAGCUAUGGUGAGGGAUCCUUCUAGCCCUUUGUACAACAAAAGAGUAGUACUUCGACAACUUACAAGUGCUCAGGCCAAGCGUCGAGGAAAGCGGGCUAUAGAGGUAUUGAAAAAGCUUGCUCACUGCAGACUAAUGUACCAUUCUUAUUCACUUCAAGUCCAUGGCUAUGUUGCUUCACCAACAAGGGAUUGUGGUUCAUUUACCCUGGUUCAUGGGUAUCAUGCUAGUUUUUCUUUAAGACAUUGGCUGCAACAAUCGGAUUGGCUUCCAACCUUAGAAGCUACUCUUGCCCUUGAUGAGGAAGCUCUUAGGAGGGUGGGAGAUGACACAGUAGGAGGACCUGCAGUCUCUCGGCAAUUACGACUUAUUCGAAUUUUAAUGAGGGAUCUCUUAAUUGGAGUGAAUUACUUGCACAGCCAUGGGCUUGCUCAUACAGAGUUGAGGCUUGAGAAUGUGCACAUAAGCCCUUUGGAUGGGCAUAUUAAAGUAGGGAUACUAGGAAAUGCUGCUGAUUUUUAUGAGAGCAGCAGUACUAAUAACAGCACUAUAGAUAGCAACAUGGAUAGACGACAGAUGAUGAUUGCAUUCGACAUGAGAUGUGUUGGAUUCAUGAUGGCAAGAAUGGUGCUGCGGGAGCUCAUGGAUCCACUGAUCUUCAUGAAGUUCAAAUCUUUCUUCAUGAAGGGAAAUGAUCCUUCAUGCUUGCGUGAGUUUUUAUUGCAAAUAUUCAAUAGGAAUUCCUCAUCUGGAAAUGCUGGACUGCAGAUACUUGAUAGGAACUGGGGUGCAGGUUGGAACCUUUUAUCCUUGCUGCUUGCAACCAAACCUUCUGAAAGAAUAAGAUGCUUAGAUGCUCUGAGGCACCCAUUCCUUUGUGGACCAAGGUGGCGAGUGGCCCCAUCUAUGGAUAUCAUCAGAUGGGGCCUUGGCUCAACUACAGUUCGAAUCACAGAAGAAUACAUUUAUAAUCAGCAUCAGCGUACCCGACUUGCCCACUUCAUUGAAUUAAUGGAGAUGCUGAAUCCUCAUCCAAAGCCAAAGAAUUGGCUGGAAUUUUUGCCAGGAAAAUGGCGCCUGUUAUAUUGUACUGGCAGACACAUCGGAUUGACCUUUCGUGAUCCUCCAAUGCGGGUCCUCAUUGGUGAUGUGCACCUAACUGUGAUAAGAGCAUCAAAGUUGAAUACUACCCUUUCAGUUACUUCUGACAUUGGAUUCACCAUUAUAGUUGGCCACGAGUGGCCUCAUGAUAAGGCUGGGACAACUGGGAAACUGCAAGUGAAUUCUUCAUUCAAAUUAAUGGCUGGGAGACGGCUAUAUCUGAAGGGGGAGAAGGCCACAGGAAAAUUCUUCUCAUCUCCCCCAAACUACCAGGAUUCUGUUCUUAAGAAGUUCUCUGGUACAAAAUGGCAACAGGCAAUCCCUUUUCAGGAAUUCCCUUCAAGCCUUCCAGUAGCCAGGCUUAGAUCAAGUGACAUUGAGGUGGCAAUGAAUCUUGAUGACCCAUUGAGUCAAAAUGUUGGGACUGCCAGAAAUGUAAUCCAAGAAGUUCGGAUGCAAGUCCCUCCAGAAAUGUUCGAUGUGUCGAAGAUUGUGUGUGGAACUUAUGUUGACUCUAGGCUGCUGGUUCUUCGGGGUGUGAAUGGAUCGGCACUCCUAUUUACACGAUCUGGUAUGAAUGAAAGCUCUAGACAAUGAUAUGAUUUUUUUUAAGCACUUGGGACAGGAUUAAUGUUUGGAGGUUGUAUUAUAUGUUGAUAUAAAAGAAAUGAAAGAUGGAAAGCUUUGGGGACAGAUGCUAUUAUCCAAACUUCAGAUGGAUCUUUACUAUGGCAGAUCCUUCUUUAAUUCACUAGCGUAGUGGACUGUGCAGCUCUGUACAUUUUUAUACCAACAAAUAUCAACAGUGUGAGAUACUGAUGAAUCUCUCACGUUGGCAUCAAACAUUAAUCCCUCGCUGGACCAAAACUUCAAUUCAAUGAACUCUGAUUUUGCUGUCGUUGAAGGCUUGAAGUGCUGGUGCAAGUGUAAGUGAGCAAGGAAGAGCGUACAACAUGGGGCUAGCCAGCUAUUUCAUCAGUGAGAUCAUACCUCCGUUUGUUGAUGGCAGAAUAUUUCAUGUAUAUCCACCUUACAUUGUUAGUGUCAAUACUAAAUAUGACCAUUCUGUUGUAAGAUUAUAGUUUCAUUCAAUGGGCAUCUCCGAGCAAUAUGUAAGUUCUAGAAUUAGUAGGCAAUGAACGAUCUAUGUACAUUAUUGAAGCUGCAAAUGCAUCAUAGUAGGAUGGCACUUUUAAUUCAA